GAGUACGAAUCGUUCUGUAAAGGGAGAUAAUUAAGAAAAUCCAAGAUGUCAGCGCCCAUAAAGUUAUUAUGACAAAAUACUAUUUUUAACAGUUGAAUAUAUACCCCAGCGUCUUGAUUGCUCAUUUUUAAGUUUUGGCGUUACCUAAACCAUGUACACAUUAUUUUCUGGGUUGUGGAAGUAUAUGUUUCAGAAGGAUGAGUACAAUAUUCUCAUUCUUGGGCUGGACAAUGCUGGAAAAACUACCUAUUUGGAACAGACUAAGAUGAAGUUUACCAAAAACUACCAGGGCAUGCACUUAAAUAAGAUUACCACUACCGUUGGUCUAAAUAUUGGAACAAUAGUGAUAGGAGGUGUAAAGUUGAAGUUUUGGGAUCUUGGUGGUCAAGAAGAGUUACAGUCACUGUGGGACAAGUAUUAUGCAGAAUCUCAUGCUGUUAUUUACAUUGUUGACUCAUCAGACAAAGAAAGAAUUGAUGAAUCUAAAGAAGCCUUUGAUAAGAUGAUUGUUAAUGAAACUUUGAAAACGGUUCCUUUGCUCUUGCUAGCCAACAAACAAGAUUUACAGGAUGUUGUGACAGUUGGAGAUAUAAAGUCAGUCUUCAACAGUAGUAGAGAACUUCUUGGACACAGGGAUUGUAGAGUAAAUGGUGUAUCUGCUUUAAAAGGAGAUGGCAUUAAUGAAGGUAUUGAGUGGAUGGUGGAUUGUAUAAAAAGGAACAGUUUAGUGCGACCUCCCAUGCAGAAAGAUAUUACAUGAAAUUUUUAUGGAUGGUCUCUUUUUUUGUGUACUUUAUAUACAUGUGGGGACCAUUUUGUGAUACAUGUAAAUUGAGGGUUUAUUGAUAAAUUAUUCACAAGGAAGUUGAGUUCAUCAACAUACAAAUACAGUGUUAUCACAAUAUUUCACUAUAUUCUUCAGAUAGAUGAGGGACAGCAUUGCUUUAAACUUUAGUAUGUUCAGCAUCAUUUAUAAUUUAUUUAUUAUAUGUGAAUAAUCUGACUUUGAAAAAAAUGCGAAUUAGUGAAGGACUUAAAUUCAUUUUGUUUUUUGACUGCAGCUCUUUAGUGAGAUGUGUGAUUAUAAAGGGUCUUGGACAUUUGCACCACCUUCCCCGGACCGUUACCCACUUUUUUUUAUACAGUGGCAGACAUUGCCCCCUUGCAUGUUUGAAAGGGCAGACAUUUCCCCCAGUAAAAUUUUUUUAAGGACACACAUUCGCCCAGGCCCUUCCCCAUAUCCCGUUGCAUUUAUUAAUAUGGAGGGAAGAUGUUUUCAAUUUUGAUUUUUUUUUUAAACUUGGGGAAAAUGUCCGCCCUUUAAAUUUUUAAAUGGGGGUGCAGAUUAUCUGCCCAUCAAAUGUCUGCCCCUUUCAAAGUUACAAGGGGACAAACGUCCGCAUCUGCAAAAAGUGGCAAAUAUUUGUUUACAAAUUAUUACAGCAAUGAAAAACUGUUUUUGCAUGGAAUAUGAAUAAGCCCAAAGUGUCAGUAUGAGCUUGUAAAAAGUGAUAUAUUUUUUAAAUGAUAGUUUGGGUACCUCUAAAGAGGAGUACAGUUUACUGAG